AUGGCUUUGUCACGGCAGAUUCCUAAAAGAACAGGAUGUAGUUUAGUUUUUAAGCGUUUUUACUCUUUGCCGAAUGAGCAAAAAAAGCUUCUUCAAUCAUCAGUUUUCCAAUAUGAUCCUGAGGUCGGUAAUAUUUUAAAAUCUGAAGAGAAACGACAAAAGGAGUCUAUAGGUCUGAUUGCCAGUGAAAACUUUACUUCGAAAGCCGUUAUGGAUGUUCUUGGUAGCGUGAUGCAAAAUAAGUAUAGUGAAGGUUACCCAGGAGCGAGAUAUUAUGGAGGUAAUGAGAUUAUUGAUCAAGCGGAGUCUUUAUGUCAAAAGCGUGCGCUUGAAGUUUUCCAAUUAGAUCCUGAAUUAUGGGGUGUUAAUGUGCAACCUCAUUCAGGUUCUCCUGCUAAUCUUCAGGCUUAUCAAGCUAUUAUGAAACCUCACGAUCGUUUGAUGGGUUUAGAUUUGCCUCACGGCGGACACUUGUCUCAUGGAUUUGCUACACCCCAAAAAUCAAUUUCCGCAGUCUCUACAUAUUUCUCUACUAUGCCUUAUGGCGUGAAUCCUAAAACUGGUAUCAUUGAUUAUGAAGACUUAAGCAAAUCUGCUAAGAAGUUUCGUCCCAAGGCUAUUGUUGCCGGCGCAAGUGCUUAUUCACGUUUGAUUGAUUACAAACGCAUGCGCAUGAUUGCGGAUGAAUGUAAUGCUUACCUACUUUGCGAUAUGGCUCAUAUAUCUGGGCUUGUUGCUGCUAGAGUCAUUCCUUCUCCUUUCGAAUUUGCUGAUAUUGUAACUACCACAACCCAUAAAUCUCUUCGUGGACCUCGAGGAGCUAUGAUUUUCUUCCGUCGUGGUCUUCGCAAACACGACAAGAAAGGCAAUCCUGUCUAUUAUGAUUUGGAAGAAAAAAUCAAUUUUUCUGUCUUCCCUGGUCACCAGGGUGGUCCUCAUAAUCAUACAAUUACUGCUUUAGCGGUAGCUUUAGGUCAAGCAAAAACUCCUGAGUUUGUUGAUUAUCAAAAAAAUGUUGUCAAUAAUGCAAAAGCAAUGGCAGACGCAUUUGUCAACAAAGGCUAUGAACUGGUUUCAGGUGGCACUGAUACCCAUUUAAUUCUUGUUGAUUUGACUAACAAAGGUAUCGACGGAGCCAGGGUUGAGCGUGUGUUGGAAUUGAUCAAUGUUUCAGCUAACAAAAACACUGUACCUGGAGACAAAUCUGCCCUUAUACCCCAUGGCUUACGUAUAGGUACUCCAGCUUGUACUACGCGUGGCUUUAAUGAACAAGAUUUUAUAAAGAUUGUUGACCUUAUUGACGACGUUGUUCACCUAACUGUCAAGCUGAACAAACAAGCUAAGGAUAGUGAAAUAGGUAUUUUAAAUUGGAUGAAAUAA